AUGUUAUUCGAGAUGGGUGACAAAUUCAAUAAGCCGAUCAAGGUCGACGCCCGGGACAAAUCCGACUGCACACCGUUGCACUUGGCUUCGAAUCGCGGCCACGAACAAAUAGCCGAAUGGCUGCUGAGAAGAGGAGCGGAUAUAAAUUUAGCCAACGCGAAAGGAUCGACACCGUUGCACUUGAUUAGCGCGGGAAAGAUGGACUGCGCUGACUUGUUGAAGACGUUUUUCGAGAUCAGCGACGAGCAAAGGCGGCCGGUCGAGGUCGAUGCACGCGACAACGAAGGCAAAACGCCUCUCCAUCAUGCUAUAAGUCACAGACACAAGAAGCUGUUUGAAUUACUGCUGAGAAGAGGCUUCGAUCCGAAUAUUGCCGAUAACGAUGGUUCGACAGCUCUGCACGCAAUUUGCAUGGUCGACGACGACAACGGCUGGGCGAAGAUGUUGUUUGAAAUCAGCGAGGAAAAGAAUCGACAGGUACAGAUCGAUGUUCGGGGCGUGUGCGACUUUACACCACUGCACCAUGCGCUGGUCAAAGAAGAGCUCAGGGCGGUGGCAGAAUUGCUUCUCAGAAAGGGAGCCGCUACGAAUUUAGUCGAUUGGGAGGGCUCGACUCCUCUGCACACAGUUUGCAAGUACGCCGAUGACGAGGACCGCGUGAAGAUGUUGAUCGAGAUCAGCAACGAAGAAAAUAAGCCGGUCGAAGUCGACGCCCGGGACAAGUUGGGCCGAACGCCGCUACACCUGGCCCUGGCCAGAGGAAACGGUCAAGUGGUCAAGUAUCUGCUGAAAUUAGGCGCCGACCCCAACUUGGCAGACGAGAAUGGAUUCUCACCUUUGCACGUCGUCAGCAAGGAUCGUUACGACGACGAUGAAUUGCUCAAGCUAUUCUUUGACGCCAGCAAAAAGGUCGAUCGGCCGGUGCAGGUCGAUGUCCAAGACAAGAACGGCCGGACGCCUUUGCAAUGGGCCGUAGCGAAUCUGUUUCUGAAUGCGGUCGAUGUACUCCUGGACCGGGGCGCCGAUCUGUCCAACUUCGUUUUUCCCAGCAAGAGCUUUUUCGUCGAGAGAUUCGGAUCGAUAAGUGAGAUGGACGAACGUGAAUGGCUUGGAUUUAAAUUAUCAUUAGCGUCAAAAAUUGUGGUCCUUGUUGAACGUCUCGAGAAAAGAGGAUACGAAUUUGACCGCCACAACACCCUCGAUAUCAUGGGUUUGUUCGCCGAGUACGGAUUGUUUGAAAAUUCAGUGGAUCUUAAAGAAUAUUGGUAUAACGACGAAGAAUUUGUGAGCAGAUCGAAAGAGAUAAUGGUUAAUCCUAGUCUGUCGCUUCACGACCUUAUCCGAUUAAGACCGGAAGAGGCGGAAAAACAACUAAAAUAUGAGAACUACGUCGAGGUAGCGCGCUCGAACAAAUUGUCGGAACUUUCCGAAGACCACAGGGAGGUNAUUUUGAUCAUUCUGUGA